GCCAGAAGGAUUCGUAUUUUGUCAUCCUUGUCAUCGAUGCGCCGGGAGUGCUGUCAAACAACAAGCGGAACCGUUGUCGUCGUUUCCAGCGAAUUGGUCGCGUCGCGCUCGACAUGGGAGACGGCAAGGAGGGCGAGCGACAGCCGUUGCUGAAAAACGAGAACGUCACGUACAGCUCCCACGGCAGCGAUGCUUUCGAAGAGUCCCAGCCCACCGUCAACACGGUGUCCACGAUCGGGCCGGACGAGUUGCCGCCGCCGUAUCAGUCCGCCACCCAGGGUGGCAUGCCCAUGGUCACUUGCAGGGUUUGUCAGGCGAUGAUAGAUAUUUCCGGCAAGAGAGACCAACACGUUGUUAAAUGCUGUCAGUGCAACGAGGCUACACCGAUACGGAACGCACCGCCAGGGAAGAAAUACGUGCGAUGCCCGUGUAACUGUCUGCUCAUAUGCAAAAGUUCAUCGCAACGCAUCGCUUGUCCGAGGCCCAACUGUAAACGUAUCAUUAAUCUGGCUCCGAGUCCUAUCACACCACCGGUAUUAUCCAUGCCAGGCAUGUGCAGAGUAGGCUGUGCUCAUUGUCAUGACACAUUUCUGUUUAACACGUUAAACAAUGCUCUGGCUCGAUGUCCGCAUUGCCGUAAGAUAUCUUCAGUCGGUCCAGAUUUUGCCAGAGGACGGGGAAUUGUAUUUAUCAUUGUUGGAAUUAUAGCUUUAAUAAUUGCUAUAGCUGUAACGCUCGGAACGUACAGAUAUGUAAAGACAAAUGGUGGAAUUUAUGUAGCUUAUGUUGGUGCAUUUUUAUUGGCACUCUUGUGCUUGGGUCGCAGCAUUUAUUACUGUACAAUGAAGAUCAGUUUGAUAGAGGGUCCCAUGUAGUCCCCCGAAACACGAUAAUCUGCAACCAAUGAAAAUCAAUCCCACUGAGAUGAAUGUCGCGCGUAUAAUCUAUUUAGAACAAAUGUUUAUAGUAAUAAUAAUAUGACAUUUUAAGUCAUUUUAAGGCAAGAACGAUAGAUAUAUUACACAUGGCCAUAUGCGCGUAUGCAGUUCCGUAUUGUUUAUAAUAAUGCAUGUAUACAUUCUUAUGUAAUGCGCAUAUGAACGUGUUUCGUGAUCAGGAAGCAACGCUCGCGACGCUUUCCUCAGGUAAGAUAAGGAAUGUAGGGAAAUCUGGGCAACCCAAUGUUCUAUGAAGGAUUGUUUCUCUGCACUUUUAUAUACGCGAGUAUAGGACCAAUAUAUAAUCAUAGGUUCCGAUUUCUUUUUUCAACCUCUGACACGCUCUACCUGCUUUCUUACAACACGAAUAAACCACCACAAGUGCGUGCAUGCUCAUAUUAUUUUAAACAUAGAAUAAGUUUUAAAUUCACGUAUAGUCUAUAUGCAAGAAUCGUGUUUUUAAAUUCGUUUCUUACAUUCUAUAUACAAGUAUUAUAUGUACCGAAAAUAUAUGAGAUCGCAUCGUGUCAAGUAUAUUUCUCGAUUUACAUUGUAGAUUUUGGCACACGAAUGAAACUACGUGGGAUAUAAGUGCAUGAGUGUAUAUAUUAGCUAUACUAAUAUUAAAUAUACGGUUGUCAUGUAAGGAAGCGCGACAUUUCUCAUAACGUAAAAUAACAUCUUGCCGGAGUGACAUUCAAAACGUGUAUAAGUGCGUCGGUUGUAAGAAUACGUUAUUUUUAGUGUACUAGUCGUCGCUUUUCUCCUUAUCCUAUCUCGUAGAUAUUUACACUGCUAUUUUAAAUAGACCGGAAAUAUCGAAUUACCUAAACAAUUCCUUCCAAUGUUUCUCACCCUAUACAAGUUUUCUUAUUAUAUAAUAAAUAAGAAGUGUUAUACUUGUUACAUAUAAGGAAGAAAAAU